GUCAGUCUAGAAAAAUCGGCAAAAGUGAGCAGUUGUUUUGUUACCUACCAAAAAUAAAUUCUUCCACAUUGAUCUAACUAAAAUUAUUACUCGAAAAUGUCGGAAACUAAGGAGGACGUCCCGGGCGAGCCGGCGAAACCCAAGAUAAAGCAUGACUGGUACCAAACAGAGUCGCAAGUCGUGGUGACAGUUCUUAUUAAAAAUGCACCAGCUGAUAAAGUCAAAGUACAUUAUGGAGAUAGAAGCCUGUCGGUAUCAAGCCCAAUUCCAAACUCCGAUAACGAGUACAGCCUGGAGUUGGAACUAGCACACGAGAUUAUACCAAACAUGUGCACAUUCAAUGUAAUACCAUCCAAGAUUGAGGUGAAGCUGCGCAAGAAGGAAGGGCUGCGCUGGACACAGCUUGAAGGAGAGGGCAAUGAGGAGAAGAUAAAGGCAAUACCGCAAGCCGUUAUAGACGCGUCCGGACCACAGCAACCUCCAAACGUUUUCAGAAAAAAUUGGGACAAGAUAGAGAAGGACAUUAAGAAAAUGGAAGAAGAAGAAAAACCUGAAGGGGACGCAGCCUUGAACUCUCUCUUCCAAAAGAUUUACGGUGAAGGAUCUGACGAAGUUCGCCGCGCGAUGAACAAGAGCUUUGUAGAAUCCGGUGGCACGGUACUCAGCACAAACUGGAAUCAAGUCGGCAAAGACAAGGUCGAGAUGAAACCGCCAGACGGCUUAGAAUUCAAAAAAUGGGAGAAUUGAACUGGUUUUAAAAUAUUAUAUGUAACUUUUUUAUUUACUUUGAUUUAGAUUGCGGUGUUCAUAAAGUGCUGUAAUUUAAAACCGUAAACAUAUAAGUAUACAUCGCAGCUUGACAACACGCAUUAAAAAAAGUUAUAACAGAUUGUCUCGUGGAAAUAUAAUGUAGGUCUCCUAAAAAAAGAUUUUACAGGCAAACAUUCACCUGCAAUUUGAUCAGAUGGUAAUCUACGCAUGGAUGGAUCAUUUUUCGAUGAUACCUUAUCGCAUUAGUGGCAUACACUAUAGUGAAAAGAUUUGGUACUCACGGAUUGUUGUUCAAGGUGCACCAGACCUACAGAAAGAAUAUGGUUACAUCGUGCGAGGAGACUCCUUUCGUGCAUACCAAGGGAAUACUUGAUAAUUUGAAAUUAUGAUUUUGUUUUAACAUUAUCGGCU